CUUUCCCAUCAAUCUUGCUACAUUUUCUUUCUUCUUAAUUUCUUUGAAUUUUGAUAAAGAAGAAGAAGAAGAAAAGAGCCAAAUUGCACUAAAGAAAGCAACUCUAAGCUUUAUGAGUUUUUUUUUGUUUUGUUUUUAGUUUAAGCUCUUUGGCUCCAAACAUUUGUAGCAGUGUCAAGCUUUGAUAAAUUUUCUUUCUUUUUUAUUUCCUUGACUUUGGUUCUUAGUGGAUUUUGUUGGGUUUUUGUUUGUUUUUUCUAAAAUGCCAUAUUUUUUUGGUAGAGUGAAGAAGAAGAAGAAGAAGAAGAAUUGACAAUAAUGCCACAAGAGAGUAGUAACUCAAGUUCACUCUUCACUUCUCCAUGUAAAAACUUGAGAGGGCUAAAGGGUCCAAUCUCUAACAAUGACACCUCAUAUGCAUACACUGAGGAGAUCAUCAAUGACUAUGAAUUGGCUCAAAGAAAAGCAGAAGAAGCAGCUUCAAGGAGGUACCAAGCAGCACAAUGGCUUCGUCAGAUGGACUAUGGUGCCUCGGAAACACUCUCCAAAGAGCCAUCAGAAGAAGAGUUCUGCCUCUCACUCCGCAAUGGCCUCAUUCUCUGCAAUGUCCUCAACAAAGUCAACCCUGGUGCUGUUCUAAAGGUGGUGGAGAAUCCAAUAAUACCAAUACAGUCAGCAGAAGCAGCAGCACAAUCUGCAAUUCAGUACUUUGAGAACAUGAGGAACUUUGUUGAGGCUGUUAAGAACAUGAAGCUCUUGACUUUCGAAGCAUCUGAUUUGGAAAAGGGAGGAUCGUCGAGUAAAGUUGUGGACUGCAUUCUCUGCCUAAAAGGGUAUUAUGAAUGGAAGCAAGCUGGUGGAAUUGGAGUGUGGAGGUAUGGAGGGACAGUAAGGAUCACAUCAUGUCCAAAGGAAUCUCCAUCUUCCUUGAUUGGCAGUGAGAGCACAGAUGACUCAUUGGAUGAAUCCGAAUCCUCGCAAUUUGAACAGCUGCUAGAAUUCAUCCAUCUUUCCAAUGAGGUCUCUGUUGAGGAAUCAAGAAUUGCCAAUGUUUUGACUUUCCUUUUUGACCGUUUUGGACUUGGACUUCUGCAAGCUUAUCUUCAAGAGAGUAAUGGAUUAGAAGAAUUGCCUUUUAAUGCAAUGGUUAUAGACACUUUGCUCAGUAAGGUAGUCAAGGAUUUCUCAACAUUACUUGUCUCUCAAGGAACUCAGCUUGGAUUAUUUUUGAAGAAAAUAUUGAAGGAUGAACUUGGUAAUUGCUCUACAUCUGAAUUUUUAGAAACCAUUUCGCGAUAUCUCAGCCAAAGAACUAGUUUGGUUUCAAAUGAUUUGUCCACAUUCUGUAUCUGUGGCGGAAAGCGUGAGAUUGUUCAACAUAUAGUCAGCCACUCGUCUGAUCACGAUGAGGCGAUCAACAUGAGUCAAAAACAGCUUCUGGAGCUAAAAUCAUCUUUCCAAGAGACAAAAGUUGAAAUCAAUCAUAUACAUUCACAAUGGGAAGAUGACCUUAGAAGGCUUGUGUAUCAUGUUAAACACCUUGAAUUGGCCUCUAAUUCAUACCAAAAAGUACUUGAAGAAAAUCGUCAUCUGUACAAUCAAGUUCAAGACCUUAAAGGAACGAUUAGAGUGUAUUGUAGAGUAAGGCCUUUCUUACCGGGGCAAUCAAGCGUGCAGACUACGGUUGAUUAUAUUGGAGAAAAUGGAAACAUCAUGAUUGUCAAUCCACUAAAGCAAGGCAAAGAUUCAAGAAGAAUAUUUACAUUUAACAAAGUCUUUGGAACAAAUGUGACACAAGAGCAAAUAUAUGUCGACACUCAACCACUAGUGAGGUCUGUCUUAGAUGGUUACAAUGUCUGCAUCUUUGCUUAUGGACAGACCGGUUCGGGCAAGACUUACACAAUGAGCGGUCCUGAUUUAACAACCGAUAAAACAUGGGGAGUCAACUACCGAGCGCUACAAGACUUGUUCGAAAUCUCAAAGGAAAGAUUGCAAUUUGUAAGAUAUGAAGUUGCUGUUCAAAUGAUAGAGAUAUACAAUGAACAAGUGAGAGACUUACUAGUCAUUGAUGGCUCCAACAGAAGAUUAGAUAUAAGAAACAACUCUCAGUUGAAUGGCCUUAAUGUACCAGAUGCUUGUUUAGUUCCAGUCACUUGUACUCAAGAUGUUCUUGAUCUAAUGAGAAUUGGCCAAAGGAAUCGUGCAGUUGGCGCCACUGCUCUAAACGAGAGGAGCAGCCGUUCUCAUAGUAUUUUAACAGUUCAUGUCCAAGGAAAAGAGUUGGUUUCUGGUUCCAUUCUAAGGGGUUGCCUCCAUCUUGUGGAUCUGGCUGGGAGUGAGAGAGUGGAUAAGUCUGAGGCAGUUGGUGAGAGACUAAAGGAAGCUCAAUACAUAAACAGAUCACUUUCUGCACUUGGAGAUGUUAUUUCUGCCCUUGCACAAAAGAGUACACAUAUCCCUUAUAGAAACAGCAAGCUUACUCAAGUGCUUCAAGACUCUCUAGGUGGGCAUGCAAAGACAUUGAUGUUUGUACACAUAAAUCCUGAAGUUAAUGCUCUUGGGGAAACAAUUAGUACACUUAAGUUUGCUGAGAGGGUUGCUUGUAUAGAACUUGGAGCAGCUAAAUCGAACAAAGAAACUGGCGAAAUCAAAGAAUUGAAAGAUGAGGUAUCAAGCCUUAAACAAGCAUUGGAGAGAAAGGAAGCUGAGCUAGAACAGUACAAAGCCGGGACUAUGAAAACCGUCAUAGAAUCCCAAAAAGCAAGAACCGUUUCACCUUUUCGUCUUCCUAGAUAUGGCCUCAACAAUACUAAUGUGAAGCCUGAAAGCUCUCAGAGACCCUUUGAUGACACUAAGAUUUCUGAGGCUAGAAGUUGUUCUUCGGGUAAGCAAAGGCGAUCAAGGUUCCCACUCGGAUUCACAGAAAAGGAGAGUGUAACAAAGAUGACAUACUUAGGUGAAGAAAGAGUAACAAGCAUUGGAAAGCAAAGAUCACCAUCUCCUCCUGUUAGAAGAUCCAUAUCUACAGAAAGAGGAUCAGUUAUCAGAAGCCGAGUUAAGCCAGACACAAUCGAAAACCAACCAAUUGCAAGAGUACCAUUUCCAGCUAGAGUUCCUGUUAACAAGUCUCCUGCAACAAUGGCACCAGUGAUUCAAUCAAAUGAUAACAACUCAAGAGUACCGGUUAACAAGUCGCUUUUGACAACACCAACAAAUAUCUCAUCAUUUGAUAGCUACUCAAGAACAUACCAAAGUUCACCAGACACAACAAGACAAGAUUACAUUUCUGAAGCUUUGUACUCCUUCCAGAAGUUGAGUUCCAAGAAAGUACAACAAGAACAUGAAGAUCAUGAGCAAUACAAACAAGCUCUCAACAUUAGGCAAGGUGGGAUUAGAAAAAGCAAGCCUGAGGUUAAGACUGCCAAGGCAAAGCAGCAUCAUCAGCAGCUAAUCCCAACCAGAUUUCAUAAGCCUGAGGCUGUGACAGCUUUGUUUUCUGACUUGGAUAUCAGUGGCAGCGAUAAGAUAGAGGAGGAGACUCACAAGAGUGACUUUUCUGAGCCAGAAAAUGAGCAUUUUCAUGCUGGUUCACCUCUGCAUAGUGUUUUGGAGAUGAAAAAGCCUCGGAAGAACCUCUCAAGGCACUUACAAAAUCAUGAACCAAGAGGACUAGUGCCUGCAGUCGAAAACAAGUUACCAUAUGGCGCGACUCGUAAUCCGAAGGAGAGCAGCAACAUAAGUACCAUGUCUGAAUUUCGAAGGAGCCGCUCUACGCCUCGCGGAAAGUUUUUUAUGUUGCCUUGAGGAGGAAGUUAUUGAAAAAUACCACAAUGAACUGAAGAUGUUUAUUGGUUUUGUUUCUUUGUGUAUAGUGAAUUUUAUGCUGGUUAUUCUGAUGAGCUGAAUACAUUUUCAUGCGGAUCAAGAGUCUUGUUGAGGUGAUUUUUCAUUAAUAUUUUCAUGUUAUACAUAAAUAUAUAUAGGACAAUUUUCACUGUAAAAGCAACUCCAAAUUAUCUAUGUAUUUUCUGGUAUGGUACCACUCUUUUUGUAUAGCAAAACUACUAAGUACAGUAAUUGUGUUUA